AUGGAGGACGCCAAGUUGCCUCCCACAUCGCGCAUACUGGCCGCAAAAGGUCUCGCGCCCCUCGAUCCGUACACGGCGAUCGCGUUGGCCGAGGCCAAAGAGAGCAAGAUGCGCGCCGAGGCAGAUGCUGCCGAGGCGCUUCGGCGAAAGAGCGAGACUCGUCGAGCGCUGGACGAACAGGUGAGGCUCAAGAAGGAACGCGAGCAGCUGGAGAAGAUGGAUGGUGCUUGGAUAGAGGAGUCGCAGAGGCAGCUCAAGGACUGGCAGGAGGCCGAGCAGAAGAAGAAGGCCGCGGUGGUCGGGCGUAACCAAGCUGUCAAGGAGCAGCUGGGGCUACAGCUGGAGGAAAAGCAGAGGGCCAAGGACACCGAACUUGCGCAGCAGCGCGAAUAUGAGAUAAACCUCCUCAAAGGUGUGCAGAGGGAGAUGGAGGAGGAGCGCAAGAAGGAGGCUGCGCGCAAGGCGGAGGAGAAGCGCAACAUGGAGGCGGUGAUCAGCCAGAACGUAAAGAACAAGGCCUUGGCUGAAGACAAGAUCCAGCGCGAGAAGGAUUACCUGCGCAAAAAGGAGCAGGAAGCGAAGGAACGCGAGGAACGGAUGGUGCUGCAGCGGGCGAGAGCAGAGGAGGAGCGCUUGGCGAAGGUGGGCUCGGGACGCGGCUCCGAGGGCGGUGAGACAAUGCAGCAACGGCAGGAGAGGAUUGCGCGCGAGGAUGAGGCGCGAGCCGACGCGCGGAUUGCGAAGGAUGCCGCAGACGCGAUUGCCAAGGAAGCGGCAAAAAAGGCGAUCCACGAGAAGAUGAAGAAAGAGUGCCUCGAUACUCUCGGGAUGCAGCUGCGCGACAAGGAGAUGCGGAAGCAGGAGGACGAGAAGUUGCACGAGUCGCUCUCCGUGCACGCGCGGCAGGAGGAGAGGCUGUACCACGAGAGCGAGCAACAGAGAAAAGAGCAGAUCAAGGCCAAGAAUCUGGCGUAUGCCGCCGAGCUCAAGGAGCAGAUUAAGAUGGAGCGAGAGUGCGGCUGCUCUCAGGUUGGUUGCUCUCGGCCCAAGGGGCUCGCACAACAGCGGAAUUGA